ACCCCCCAGCACAUGCCCUUACCCUGCUACUGUCUGUGUGCCUUGGUUAUGCUCAUAUGCAUGCAUACAAGUCCUUUGGUUGAUCUCUUACCCCCUCACCCCCCGCCUUCCCUCAUAGGUUGGGCAGUCUGUUCGAUUGUAGCCAUUUGUUCUUAACUCAGUUUGAUGCUGAUCAGAAUCUGGUGUCCUAAGGGCUUAAUGAUUAAGGAAUGCAGUGAAUGAACAGAAAGGAGAAAAGGGAUAUAUAUAUAUAUAUAUAUAUAUAUAUAUAUAUAUAUAUAUAUUUCAGGAGAGGGAAAGAGAGAAACAUCAAUGACGAGGGAAUCAUCAAACUGCUGCCCUCUGCAUGCCCCCUACUGGAGACUGAGUUUGCCACAGGGGCGUGUGCCCUUGACCAGAAUAGAACCCCAGACCCUUCAGUCUGCAGGCCAAUGCUCUAGCCACUGAGCCAAACUGGCUAGGGCAGAAAGGGUCAUAUUAAAGAAAUGGAGUUUCUGAGCAAUUACAUUUAUCUGUUUUAUGUCAGUUUAAUUAGGUCAGCCAAGGAGCCUAAAAGAGUAGGGAAAAAAUUUUCCUCUGUGACAGUUUGCACACACAACACCUAAAGUCCAUGUAUGUGCUGUAGGGGAAGAAAAAUUGCCUUCAGCUGAAAGAAUUGAAAUUCUAAAGUGGCAUGUUUUGGGGUAGCAUAUUCUGUCAGCCACCCAUGUCUGUUUUUGGACGGGAGUGUCCUAUAAAGGACAGGGUGAAAUCCUUAAAGAUGUUCAGACUGUGAAAGGGUGGCAUUACUGUUGGGUGAAACCAUCAGAUUUUUUUAAAAGGUGCCAGGAGGCAGGUACUCUUUAGAGUUAAGGUAAGCAGGUGUGGGUGGAAACGGCCUGCAUUGUUCCUGGUGGAGCCGCAGAGGAGCUGAUGUAAGGAAGUGGUUCUGGUUCGAGGGCGGGUUACAUGGUACGUACAUAGUAAUCUUUGGCCUGGAGUUCUCGUAAAUGCUGUGGGUUGUUCUAGAAUAGAUGCUCUACACGCAUGAACUUACUGAAUCCUCACACCUAAGAGAAGGUGUUACUGUCCCCGUUUCCAGGUGAGGACAGGAGGCACAGAGGCUGGCACUCCCUGUAGGUCACAGCUGGGAGUGCAGCCACCCCAGGUGGACGGCUUUGAGCCUGGGUUCUGAAGGCCGCUCACCACACCGCCUCCACCAAGGCUACGGAAACACCGUCCGUGGGGACACGAGCUUUGGGAAGCUUCCCUAAGCCAAGUCUGCACCUUGACCCCACAUGCAGUCCUCCGUUCAGAGCACCACCACCUUCAUGGCCCCGUCUCCGUGUGCCCUCAGCCCAGCUUCAGACUCAGGGCUGGAAGUGGGUCACAGGAUGGAAAAUGAGAGGGGCUGGCCUGAGGGGAACUGGAAGUGUUUGCUAUGACAGGAAAGCAGAAGAAAGGGAAAGUCCCUGCCUUCACCCUCCCUGGUGACGGGAAAGGGGUCAGGCCCUGUGUGUGCGAAGGUAGGGAAGGAAGAGAACGACCAGGGGAAAGUGGGAAAGGCAGGGAGGGAAUGUGGGCAGACAGGCAGGGACCUGGAGCCACAGCAGCUUCUUCAGAAAGCGCUUCAGUUUGCAGCGUUAAAGGCGGACGUGAACUUGCAGAGAACGCCCAGGCCUAUAGGGUUUUCUAGCACCAACUCCUCCACAUCCCCCACCUACCAAGGGCUCCACUGUUAGCCACACUCUCCCCUACACCCCCACAGUGUUGGAAGGGACGUCUAGGAUGAAGGCGUGUGGCCCCAUGUAGGUCUCCAUGGCAGUGAGAUGAGAGCUGGACAAGUUCUUGGCUCUGCCUGUGCACAAAGCUGCUGGGCUGGGGAGAGCGAAGGGCAAGAUUGUUCACUGGUGUGAGUCACUGUGAACCCCACCCACUUGAGGCAAACUUGGCCAGUUUAAUUGGUGGGAACUGUCACCCGGGCGAGGGACUGUGGCUUUUUCAGCAGCCUCGUUAGCUCUCAGUCAACGAGGAAGCCUCUGGGUGAGGAAACUGUGGCCAGACCAGCAGCGGGCCGUGCUCUCGGCCCCCAGACUGGAGGCUGUGGGGCCUGUGCACAGGGCGCCUGCAGACGGAGCCGCCUGGCCACCUGCCUGUGGAGAUGCUGGGGCCAGCUCUCGCCUUCCUAGUCCUGUUCCUGCAGGGACGGCACAGCCCAGCCGCUUCCUCUUGCCCGGAACCCCUGUCUCCGGAUGGACCUGUGGUGAGACCUUCGGGCACGUCUUUCUGCUUAGGGCCCGGCCACACCCCGACAGCGGUGAGGUCUUUUGACUGGAAGGUACGGCUGCGCUCAAACCCAAGCCCUUGUGUGCUGUUCACUUGGAAGAAUGAUUCUAGGCUGCAUCAUGCGCAUCGGAAUGCCAGUGACUGCAACAAUAGGCUCAAUUUUAGCAUCAAGGAGUUAAGGCUCCUCCUCAAGGCCACUCAGCCCAACGACAGCGGCACCUACUCCUUGGAGGUCACCUUUGAGAACGGCACCGUCAGGACCCACCGCUUCCACGUGUCCGUGUUGGACCCUGUGGGGAAGCCCGAGCUGCAGCUGCUGGAGCAGACGGCGGCCCUGGGCAGUGGACAGUGCCGAGUGACCCUGAACUGCUCGGCCUCCGGAGGUGGCGAUGUGACCUACACCUGGUACCGAGGGGGCGAGAGGAUCCCGACGCCCAGGAGCCCCUUCCGACUGGAGGAGCAGGUCGAUGUCAACGGCGGGCACAUAUACACCUGCAACGUCAGCAACCCCGUCAGCUGGGCGCACCAGAGCCUCCAGCUCGGCCAGGGCUGUGGGAGCACCCCCCAGAAGCUCGGCCUCCUGCCCCUCUUGAUGAUCAUCUUGGUUCUCAUACUCACGCUGCUGGGCACCCUCACUAGCGUCUGUGUGUGGAGAAGGGGGAGGAAGCCGGCAGAGUCCGGCCCAGAGGCAUCGCUGACAGUUUAUGAAGAUGUCAACCACCCGCCAGGCAGGAGCGGCCAGGGGCGGAGGCAGCAGCAGGACUCCGCUGGGAAAGGGAACACUGUCUACUCCAUGGUCCUGCCCCAGAUAGAAGAGCGAUUGUUUCCGCGAGCUUUGGGUUUAGCCACAUUGCAUUCUGAGAAGAGGACUUGGAGAUGCCGGGGAGACUGAGAUCCCUCCCCUGCAGCAUGGAGAUGCUUCUUUCAGAUACAGAGAAGGAAAACGGCUGCCAAAGGAGACAUGGAGAUGUUGAGGAAAGAACGCUGGGAGUCUGCGUUUAAAUUCUGCUGCUUCUGUGAUUUGGCUAUUUAUCUUUUGGAGGCUCAUCUGUGGAAUGAGGCAAAUUAUAGUCAUUCUUAUCAGAUAGGAGUGUCCUAAAGAUUAGGGGAGAAUACAGGUGCAGGGCCAGUUUGGCUCAGCUGGUUGAGUGUUGUCCCAUAUACUGAGAGGGCCGGGUUUGAUUCCUAGUCAGGGCAAAUGCCCGGGUUGUGGGCUCAAUCCCUAGUAGGGGACGUGCAGAAGGCAGCCAAUGAUGUUUCUCUCUCUCUCCCCUCCCUUCCCCUUUCUCUAAAAUCAAACAUAUUUUCCAAAAAAGCAGCAACUGUAUUUAAGAGAGGGACUAGCACUCAGCGGUGCGACCUGCCUCCCACCAGGCCAGGCUUUUUCAACCAACACUAACGCUUCUCUCUGGGCGGGCUGAGGGUGGCGCGGAAGAGGUGGAAGAGGCAACUCCCUCCGUGGGCUGUGCUACAUCUAUCUAUGCGUCUGAAAUGAUUUCAUUUC